CUCUCUCUUUGCUCGAACGCUCAAAAUUCCCUUCGAAAUUCUCCCUUUUCGAUUAUUCCUACAAAAUUCGAGUUUUGACCUUAGCGAAAUGCAACCCAUCGAUCCGAACCUGGAGACGGCCCAUUCCUUUGUCGUGUUGGGUGCUUCGGGGAGGCUGGCCACGCAGAAGGUUUUUCCGGCCCUCUGGGCCCUCUACAGGGACAAUCGCCUGCCGCAGGGCACCCGCAUUUUCACCUACAGCCGAACAAAACUCCACACGCGGACUUACCGGCUGACAUGCGCACCCUAUAUGGACCUGGAUCCGGAGCGGGAUCCCCAGAAAUUCAACAGCUUCUGGCUGACGGUGCACUGUGUUCAGGGGCAAUACGACAGUCCGGAGGACUACGCUGCCCUAACCGAGGCCAUGGUCCUGCAGGAGUCAAAGCACAACCAGAUCUAUGCCAAUCGCAUAUUUUACCUGGCCCUGCCCCCCGUCGUCUUCGAUCAGGUGACCCUCAACUUGAGCCGAAAGUGUAAAUCGUCCACGGGCUGCACACGGAUUGUGGUGGAGAAGCCCUUUGCCAGGAACGAUCUGACCUUCAGGCCCUACCAGACGGCCCUCUGUCAGACGUUCAAGGAGUCGCAGAUCUACAUGAUCGAUCACUUCCUGAGCAAGCAGAUAACGCAGAACGUGUUUGGGCUGCGCUUCGCCAACCACCUCUGGUCGGAGACGCUCAACAAUAGUCACGUGGCCGCCGUGAUGAUAACGGUGAAGUGCGAGAAGCCGGUAAAGGCUCGGGCGGAAUACUUCAACUUCUUCGGCAUCAUCCGCGACGUGAUGACCAAUCACAUGAUGCAGCUGCUGGCUUUGGUGGCCAUGGACAAGCCCUACUCCAACACCAUCGACGACCUGCGAAACGAGCGGCUGAAUCUAUUCAAAGAGGUGACCACCGCGAACAUGGGGGACGUGGUCAUUGGCCAGUACCGCAACAACCGCAUGGAGAGCGAUCCCGACAAGGUGGGCUACACGGAGCACAGCUACAUACCCAGGGACUCUGCGACGCCCACAUUCGCUAUGGUUGUCCUGCACAUCAACAACAGGCGCUGGUCGGGAGUGCCCUUCAUUCUGCGUGCCGGCAAAGCCAUGAACGACACCAAGACGGAGGUGCGGAUCCAGUACAAAUCGGUGGGAUGCGAUGAGGGGAACAGCAAGGAUCUGGACAUCAGGAAUGAGCUGGUGCUAAGACUCUCACCGUUCGAGGAGAUCUUCAUGCGGCUGCGACUGAAGCAGCCCGGAGAGGAGCUCUGUCUGAAGGAGGCGGCUCUCAAUCUGCGCGUGGAUGACAGAAACACCAAGUACAUGCCCAACUACAACAGCCUCAUCCUGGACAUCUUGAAGGGCAAUCAGAGCAUGUUCAUGCGCACCGAUGAGCAGUGCGAGAUCUGGCGCAUCUUCUCACCCAUUCUGCAGAGGAUCGAUACGGAUCGACCCAAGCCGCUGCCCUACGAUUUUGGGUCACGGGGCCCACUGCUCGCCUACCGCAAGGCCGAGCGGGUCGGAUUCGUGUUCUUCACAUCAGAUGAGUGGCGCGAGAACAAAGAGACCCUCGACUACACCGUGAAGAGCAGCAGGAUCCUGAGUGGGCCACACCACGCAUUGAAGCCCGACCGAGAGCCAACGGUCGUCAAGUUGAGGUCCACGGAAAUCCAAUAAAUAAAAUCAACAACGAAAGUUUUUUAAUUAAA